GCAUUUGCCUUAUUUGCCUCCAUUGCGCUACGGCCGUGGAACUGGUUAAGCUGCAGGAGCAGAAAAUGUAUGCAUUCCGAAUGUUCCGUAUAACAAAGUUUUUUGGGAAACUUGGAAUUAUUUGCUCCAUAUAUGCAACGUAUGUUUUGUACACGAAAACUUCACCAUGGACUGCUUUGAAAAUCAAUCGGUUUUCAAAAUGGAAACAAAGUACAUCAGCUCCACUACAGUGCGCAGAAACAUUCAACUUCGAUAACUCUACGAAACGAAAUGAAAAUCAACAAGAGAUUAAAGAAUGCAAGAGAUUCAAUGGAAGUUUUGAACUUAGUUUUGAGAAAAAUGCACAAUACGUUGAGAAUUAUACAUUUAAUGUUUCCAAAGCAAAAUUAAAAGAAUUAGAUCUAGACGAAGCAGGAAUAAAAAAAUUAUCUUCACAGAAGUCAAGUGGAGCAAAAAUACCUACUUUUGUUACGGCCUUUUCUGAUAAUCACUUCGACGAAUUUAUUGCUGUUGCUAACAAACUAAACAAACUAAAGAGAACGAAGUACCCAGAACUAACUUUGAUAGUAUAUGACAUAGGCCUGACUAAAGACAGGGUUAGUAAGGUUCAGCGUAUGUGUAACUGCAGUGUGAGAAGAUUUCCAUUUGAGUUGUACCCUGAGCAUGUCAGAAAUUUACGUGGAUAUACAUGGAAACCGAUCAUUAUUCAAACAAUGUUACAAGAAUCUGAUUUCGUUAUGUGGCUAGACACGUCCAUACGAUUGAAAAACAUGGAGCCCUACUUUGAAAAAGCACAGCGUCUUGGUUUCCAAGUACUAUAUGGCGACGGUUCGAUCGCUAUGAGAACGCAAAAAAGGCUUUUUGAGCAUCUUCAUGAGGAACCUUGCCUUUUCAAUUACGAAGAAACACAAACAGGAGUAGUAAUAGUCUCUCGCUCAUGUAUCACUCUGAAAUACAUCAUGCGUCCCUGGGUGGCAUGUGCAUUAGAAUUUGGAUGCAUGGACUUUCCUAACUCAAAAAAUUAUCUCCAGUGUGUUUACAAGUGGAAUCUCUCUGUAUGUCACAGGUUUGAGCAAUCGACCCUUGGAAUAAUCACGACAAGACUUUUUAACAAUAAACGACACCAAUUUAUACUGGGCUAUGAUUUUACAGAUGUAUGUAAAGGUUGUAUUGAGCGCUUUCAAGAACAUUAAGAUGAACAAAAAACCAAAAAAAAUCUCUUUAAGAUUUCGACAUUUCUGAUAACGUAAUAUAAAUAUUCUUUACUAUCAGUAUGUACAUAUGUUUCUUUAAAUAAUUGUUAUAUGAUAGCUAUUUUGGCAUUAUACUUAGGACAUCAAAACAACAUUAAGAUAUAAAAUAUUGUGUCUACUUAACGCAUUUCUGUUUGUUUUUGUAAUUAUAAGAUAGAUAUAAUUUAUCAUUUUCACAUUGUAUAAACACCACAACGGCAUUGCUAAUCAAAGAGAAAUAUUCAUUAUAAACUUACUACAUUAAUUUUAAAAAUCCAAUCUGAUUGUUGUGUCCAUUACGUUAUGGUAGAUUACUCUUAAUAGGUUCCUUGAGGAGCAUAAAAUCUGCAGAGUAGGUUGUAUUAUCAUUAUUUCGGUUUAUAAAGGUAUUAUCUUAAAUGUUGACUUUGAACUCUUUUG